AAUGGAGCUGAGCUGGAGAAGGUGGAGCCUACUGUCGUGUCUGGGUCCAGUGCAACAACCACCGCAGUGCCCUCCCAAUGCAAUUUACCAAAAAGAGUAGAGAAUGCAGUUAUUACUGAAAAUAAACGGGUGGUCUACAGGGAUAGUGCCAGAGUAACCUACAUAUGCCGUACCAAUUACAGAAUGGAAGGAGAGAGUAUAAUUAGAUGCCAACGUGGUCAAUGGACUCAAGUAACUCCUACUUGCAUUCGAGUCACAUGUCAACUGCCGCAAAGGAGAGGAACCACUUAUCUUGAUGUAGAUAAGGACCGAUUUUUACCUGGAGAAACCGUUUUGGUGAAAUGCAACCAAGGCCACUGGUUUUCCAUUGAUGAUCAGCAAACCCAGAAAACAAUUACUUGUACAAAAAGUGGGGAAUGGAAUACAGCUGCAGAAUGCCAAGAGAUCAUAUGUCAGGAUCCAAAUGACCCUAAUUUGAAACAACGGCUUCAAAGUACACGAUAUGGUGGAUAUGCAUACUACUGGUGCAAAGAAGGCUUCACGCCAACUGAUGCUCGUAUGGCUACAUGCACGGAAAACGGAUGGACACCAAACCCACUCUGUAAAGAAGUGACAUGUCAACUGCCGCAAGAGAGAGAGAACACUUAUCUUGAUGUAAAUAAGGACCAAUUUUUACCUGGAGAAACCGUUUCGGUGAUAUGCAACCAAGGCCACUGGUUUUCCAUUGAUGAUCAGCAAACCCAGAAAACAAUUACUUGUACAAAAAGUGGGGAAUGGAAUACAGCUGCAGAAUGCCAAGAGAUCAUAUGUCAGGAUCCAAAUGACCCUAAUUUGAAACAACGGCUUCAAAGUACACGAUAUGGUGGACAUGCACACUACUGGUGCAAAGAAGGCUUCAGGCCAACUGAUGAUACAGCUAGAUGCACGGAAAACGGAUGGACACCAAACCCACUCUGUAAAGUUGGAAUCAUGGCGGAAGGAGGAGACGACAGUGCUCAAGACAUCCAUCAGCCUUCUAAUAGGGAUGUGCAUUUUUGGCAAAAAUACUAAUCAAUAUUUGCUGAG